AUGAACGACCGGGGUGAAGCAGCCACAGGGCAGGAGGAGAGGAACAAGUGGGAAUGGAAGCAGACCAAGGCAGGAGCCGAGAGGAAAGCAGAAAAAGACAAGGAGAAACAGGUGGUGUUCCAAUCCUCUCACUUCUCAGGUAUCCGUACAGAUACACCGUACACCGUACGGCACAGCGCGACGACAAUUCUUGCUCACCCAAGCGGAAGUGGGCCGGCCCUGGAUGCGAAAAAGGCGGUCGAGGGCUCGUUGCGUCGUAUGCAGAACGGGGACUUCUGCACAAGUAAUGGGAUGCUGCUGCGAAUUGGCAGUGGGAGUGGCCGAAUGAGCGGCAAGGUUGGGCCUCGACACUUGACACCAUCAAAUGCCAGCCGGCCAGGGCUGCUUUCGAGACUCGACACUCGACACUCGAGCCAGAUCAGGGGCUUGGAAGCUGGGCCAGACUUUUGCGCGGCAAUGGUUGAUGGCGGCUAUGCUGCAGCACCCGUCUCAACUAUUAUUAUUAAUUAUGCCUUUCCCACGUCGACGUGGUUCGCAAAGUCUGGCGAGAAAAACAAAACAAACCGCCGCCGUCAGGGAGGAACGCCCGAUCCAAGGCCACCCCCAAGGAGCUCCCUGACCCGUGAACGAGCACAAGGUCUGGAUGACCCGGCCAAGGGCAAUCGCUUGCUCGACGGCGCCACCAAGGAAAACGACUAG